UGUGUGUGUGUGUGUAUGUGUGUGUGUGUGUGUGUGUGUGUGUGUGUGUGUGUGUGUGUGUGUGUGUGUGUGUGUGUGUGUGUGUGUGUGCUCUAUAGCCUUGCCGAUGCUGAAAGCGUGUCAGUCGUGAUUGAGUCUUGAACAGUUGGAGGAUGACAUGACUGCUCAAAACACAACUGCCCCAGAACGUACAACUUUGGUAUGGCAGUAUCCAGGGGAGAAUCAGUCUUCUUCAUAGUUAUCUGUUGCGUUUUGGCCACAGGAGCACUUUAUGAAUCUGCUUUUUCUCAGCUCACAGAGAAACAUGGAAUUCAACUCCACCUUCGAACAAGACGUUCCAUUUCAGGGGGCUUGAGGUUUACACUUGAGAUUGAUGUAAACGUUUCGAGCACAGAUGUCAGUGAUAAUCUGAAAUCUGUAGUGGGCAAUUUGAGUUAUCCCUUGCAGUUGCAAAGUGCUAACGUCACACAGCUUGAAGUCUCUACCGUGUGUUCACCAAAUGGCACUGAGUACGAGUGUCGCUGUGAGGAGCAGUAUUUUCUCUUCUACAACACCUGCGCUACCUACGGUGCGUGUGAUGACAUAGUGGAUCAGACAUGUGGAUGCAUCAACUCCCUCCCAUACACCUCAUCUCUGUGCCAAAAAGAUGUCUGCGGUCAGUCGCAAAUCUGUGGUCCCAACUCUAACUGCACAAACGUGCUAGGAGGACAUUCCUGCUCUUGCUGGUCUGGGUAUAACACCACAGAUUCCACCUGUGAAAUCAGUGAAAGUAACCCAUGCUCAGAUGUCAACGAAUGUUCUGAGGUACCUAGUGUGUGUGGAUCCAACUCCAACUGUGCCAACACCAAUGGAGGAUACAACUGUUCCUGCUUGAAUGGAUACCAAGUGACCAAUGCAGGCCAACCCAUAAGUGCCAGCAACCAAUGCACAGAUGUGGAUGAAUGUGCCCAGACAGCCAUCUGUGGUCCAAACUCCACAUGUAGCAACACAGCAGGAGACUACAGUUGCACGUGUCAGAGUGGAUACAAAGUUACUGACCCUAGUCUGAAGAGUAGUGCUGACAACCCCUGUACAGAAAUACUUUACUACAAUAUUGGAGCACAGAUCAACAUAUCAGCUGACGCUGUGGAUGAACUUCGUGCCAUUUUGAGUAAUCUCUCACUGGGUGCCCUGAUCGAAAUUAGUGAUGCCGAUAUCACAACAGUGUGUUCUCCCAACGUCACGUCGAGCGUCACCUCAUACCAGUGCAGGUGUGAAGAUGAGUUCUACUGGCCUUGUGACAAGUGCAACGCCUAUGGACACUGUGAUGACAUCGUCAAUGACACGUGUGGAUGCAUAAACGCCAUCCCUGAUGACGGGCUGUAUUGCCAACCCAUAACAAACCUAACUGGCUGCCCAGUGCCACCAGAUGAGUGUGCUGACAAUUCAACAAUCUGUGGCCCAAACUCAGUCUGUAACAACACUAUUGAAGGCUACAACUGCACAUGUUGGACUGGAUACUUGGUUACAAACACCAGUCAGAUAAGCAGUGAAGAAAAUCCUUGUGUCGAUGUGGAUGAAUGCCUCGAGAGUCCACCAGUAUGUGGUCCAAACUCAGACUGCAGCAACACCAUUGGAGACUACAGUUGUACGUGUCAGAGUGGAUACAAUGUAACCGACCACAGUUUAAGAAGCAGCCCUGACAACCCAUGUACAGAUGUCAAUGAAUGUUCAGAGGUACCUGAUGUGUGUGGACCCGACUCCAACUGUGCCAACACCAAUGGAAGCUACAACUGUUCAUGUUUGAAUGGAUACCAAGCCACCAAUGCAAGCCAUCCCAUAAGUAACAGCAACUCAUGCACAGAUGUGGAUGAAUGUCUCGAGACUCCAGCAGUCUGUGGUCCAAAGUCAGACUGCAACAACACCAUUGGAGACUACAGUUGUACAUGUCAGAGUGGAUACAAUGUAACCGACCACAGUUUAAGAAGCAGCCCUGACAAUCCAUGUACAGAUGUCAAUGAAUGUUCAGAGGAACCUGAUGUGUGUGGACCCGACUCCAACUGUCUCAACACUAAUGGGAGCUACAACUGUUCCUGCUUGAGUGGAUAUGACAUCACCAAUUCAAGCCAAGCUAUAAGCGGCAGCAAUCCAUGCACAGAUGUGGAGGAAUGCCUCGAGACUCCAGCAGUCUGUGGUCCAAACUCAGACUGCAACAACACCAUUGGAGACUACAGUUGUACAUGUCAGAGUGGAUACAAUGUAACCGACCACAGUUUAAGAAGCAGCCCUGACAAUCCAUGUACAGAUAUAAAUGAAUGUGUUGAGGUACCUAAUGUGUGUGGACCUGACUCCAACUGUCUCAACACUAAUGGGAGCUACAACUGUUCCUGCUUGAAUGGAUAUGACAUCACCAAUUCAAGUCAAGCUAUUAGCAACAGCAAUCCAUGCACAGAUGUGGAUGAAUGCCUCGAGACUCCACCAGUCUGUGGUCCAAACUCAGACUGCAACAACACCAUUGGAGACUACAGUUGUACAUGUCAGAGUGGAUACAAUGUAACCGACCACAGUUUAAGAAGCAGCCCUGACAAUCCAUGUAGAGAUGUCAAUGAAUGUUCAGAGGAACCUGAUGUGUGUGGACCCGACUCGAACUGUGUCAACACUAAUGGAAGCUACAACUGUUCCUGCUUGAGUGGAUAUGACAUCACAAAUUCAAGCCAAGCUAUAAGCGACAGCAAUCCAUGCACAGAUGUGGAUGAAUGCCUAGAGACUCCACCAGUCUGUGGUCCAAACUCAGACUGCAACAACACCAUUGGAGACUACAGUUGUACAUGUCAGAGUGGAUACAAUGUAACCGACCACAGUUUAAGAAGCAGCCCUGACAAUCCAUGUACAGAUAUAAAUGAAUGUGAUGAGGUACCUAAUGUGUGUGGACCUGACUCCAACUGUGCAAACACCAAUGGAAGCUACAACUGUUCCUGCUUGAAUGGAUAUGACAUCACCAAUUCAAGCCAAGCUAUUAGCGACAGCAAUCCAUGCACAGAUGUGGAUGAAUGCCUCGAGACUCCACCAGUCUGUGGUCCUAACUCAGACUGCAACAACACCAUUGGAGACUACAGUUGUACAUGUCAGAGUGGAUACAAUGUAACCGACCACAGUUUAAGAAGCAGCCCUGACAAUCCAUGCACAGAUGUCAAUGAAUGUUCAGAGGAACCUGAUGUGUGUGGACCCGACUCGAACUGUGCCAACACCAAUGGAAGCUACAACUGUUCCUGCUUGAGUGGAUAUGACAUCACAAAUUCAAGUCAAGCUAUAAGCGGCAGCAAUCCAUGCACAGAUGUGGAUGAAUGCCUAGAGACUCCACCAGUCUGUGGUCCAAACUCAGACUGCAACAACACCAUUGGAGACUACAGUUGUACAUGUCAGACUGGAUACAAUGUAACCGACCACAGUUUAAGAAGCAGCCCUGACAAUCCAUGUACAGAUGUCAAUGAAUGUUCAGAGGAACCUGAUGUGUGUGGACCUGACUCCAACUGUGUCAACACUAAUGGAAGCUACAACUGUUCCUGCUUGAAUGGAUAUGAUAUCACCAAUUCAAGCCAAGCUAUAAGCGGCAGCAAUCCAUGCACAGAUGUGGAUGAAUGCCUCGAGACUCCACCAGUCUGUGGUCCAAACUCAGACUGCAACAACACCAUUGGAGACUACAGUUGUACAUGUCUGAGUGGAUACAAUGUAACCGACCACAGUUUAAGAAGCAGUCCUGAUAACUCAUGUACAGAUGUCAAUGAAUGUUCUGAGAUACCUAGUGUGUGUGGACCCGACUCCAACUGUGCCAACACCAAUGGAAGCUACAACUGUUCCUGCUUGAAUGGAUACGACUUCACCAAUUCAAGCCAAGCUAUAAGCGACAGCAAUCCAUGCACAGAUGUGGAUGAAUGUCUUGAGACUCCAGCAGUCUGUGGUCCAAACUCAGACUGCAACAACACCAUUGGAGACUACAGUUGUACAUGUCAGAGUGGAUACAAUGUAACUGACCACAGUUUAAGAAGCAGCCCUGACAAUCCAUGUACAGAUAUAAAUGAAUGUGAUGAGGUACCUAAUGUAUGUGGAUCCAACUCCAACUGUGCCAACACCAAUGGAAGCUACACCUGUGGCUGCUUGAGUGGAUAUAACAUCACCAAUUCAAGUCAAGCCAUAAGCAACAGCAAUCCAUGCACAGAUGUGAAUGAAUGCGUCGAGACAGCCAUUUGUGGUCCAAACGCCACGUGCAGCAACACAGCAGGAGACUACAGUUGCACUUGUCAGAGUGGAUAUAUAGUUACUGACCCUGAUCUGAAGAGUAGUGCUGACAACCCCUGUACAGAAAUACUUUACUAUGAUUUUGAAGCAGAGCUCAACAUAACGUCUGAUUUGGAAGAGCUUCGCGCCAUUCUGAGUAAUCUCUCACUGAUAUUGGAUGGCCAGUUAGAAAUUACAGAUGUUGAUAUCACAACAGUGUGUUCUCCCAAUGUCACGUCGGGCGUCACCUCAUACCAGUGCAGGUGUGAAGAUGAGUUCUACUGGCCUUGUGACAAGUGCAACGCCUAUGGACACUGUGAUGACAUCGUCAAUGACACGUGUGGAUGUAUAAACAGCAUCCCUGAUGAUGGGCUGUAUUGCCAACCAAUAACAAACCUAACUGACUGCCCAGUGCCACCAGACGAGUGCGCUGGCAAUUCAACAAUCUGUGGCCCAAACUCAGUCUGUAACAACACUAUUGAAGGCUACAACUGCACUUGCUGGAAUGGAUACUCGGUUACAAACACCAGUCAGAUAAGCAGUGAAGAAAAUCCUUGCGUCGAUGUGGAUGAAUGUCUCGAGAUUUCACCAGUAUGUGGUCCAAACUCAGACUGCAUCAACACCGUUGGAGACUACAGUUGUACAUGUCAGAGUGGAUACAAUGUAACCGACCAUAGUUUAAGAAGCAGCCCUGACAACCCAUGUAGAGAUAUAAAUGAAUGUGGUCAGGUACCUGAUGUGUGUGGACCCAACUCCAACUGUACCAACACCAAUGGAAGCUACAGCUGUUCCUGCUUGAAUGGGUAUGCUUCCACAAACGCAAGCCAAACCAUAAGCAACAGCAAUCCAUGCACAGAUGUGGAUGAAUGUCUGGAGACUCCACCAGUCUGUGGUCCAAACUCAGACUGCAACAACACCAUUGGAGACUACAGCUGUACAUGUCAGAGUGGAUACAAUGUAACCGACCACAGUUUAAGAAGCGGCCCUGACAACCCAUGUAGAGACAUACAUGAAUGUAUUGAAACACCUAAAAUAUGUGGACCCAAUUCAUAUUGCACCAAUUACAAUGGAACUUUCAACUGUUCCUGUAUCACUGGAUAUCAAGUGACCGAUUCAAGCCAAUCCAUAAGCAACAGUAAUCCAUGCACAGAUGUGGAUGAAUGUCUUGAGACUCCAUCAGUAUGUGGUCCAAACUCAGACUGCAGCAACACCAUUGGAGACUACAGUUGUACAUGUCAGAGUGGAUACAAUGUAACCGACCACAGUUUAAGAAGCAGCCCUGACAAUCCAUGUACAGAUGUCAAUGAAUGUUCUGAGGUACCUGAUGUGUGUGGACCCGACUCCAACUGUGCCAACACCAAUGGAGGAUACAACUGUUCUUGCUUGAAUGGAUACCAAGUGACCAACGCAAGCCAACCCAUAAGUGACAGCAAUCCAUGCACAGAUGUGGAUGAAUGUCUUGAGACUCCAGCAGUCUGUGGUCCAAACUCAGACUGCAGCAACACCAUUGGAGACUACAGUUGUACAUGUCAGAGUGGAUACAAUGUAACCGACCACAGUUUAAGAAGCAGCCCUGACAACCCAUGUAGAGAUGUCAAUGAAUGUUCAGAGGUACCUAAUGUGUGUGGACCCGAUUCGAACUGUGCCAACACCAAUGGAAGCUACAACUGUUCCUGCUUGAAUGGAUACCAAGUGACCAAUGCAAGCCAACCUAUAAGUGACAGCAAUCCAUGCGCGGAUGUGGAUGAAUGUCUUGAGACUCCACCAAUAUGUGGUCCAAACUCAGACUGCAGCAACACCAUUGGAGACUACAGUUGUACAUGUCAGAGUGGAUACAAUGUAACCGACCACAGUUUCAGAAGCAGCCCUGACAACCCAUGUAGAGAUAUACAUGAAUGUAUUGAAACACCUAAAAUAUGUGGACCCAACUCACAUUGUACCAACUACAAUGGAACUUUCAACUGUUCCUGUAUCACUGGAUAUCAAGUGAUCGAUUCAAGCCAACCCAUAAACAACAGCAAUCCAUGCACAGAUGUUAAUGAAUGUCUCGAGACUCCAGCAGUCUGUGGUCCAAACUCAGACUGCAGCAACACCAUUGGAGACUACAGUUGUACAUGUCAGAGUGGAUACAAUGUAACCGACCACAGUUUAAGAAGCAGUCCAGACAACCCAUGUACAGAUGUCAAUGAAUGUUCUGAUGUACCUGAUGUGUGUGGAUCCAACUCCAACUGUGCCAACACCAAUGGAAGCUACAACUGUUCCUGCUUGAAUGGAUACCAAGCGACCAAUGCAAGCCAAUCCAUAAGUGACAGCAAUCCAUGCACAGAUGUGGAUGAAUGUCUCGAGACUCCACCAGUCUGUGGUCCAAACUCAGACUGCAGCAACACCAUUGGAGACUACAGUUGUACAUGCCAGAGUGGAUACAAUGUAACCGACCACAGUUUAAGAAGCAGCCCUGACAACCCAUGUAGAGAUGUCAAUGAAUGUUCUGAGGUACCUGAUGUGUGUGGACCCAACUCCAACUGUGUCAACACUAAUGGCAGCUACAUCUGUUCCUGCUUGAAUGGAUACCAAGUGGCCAAUGCAAGCCAACUGAUAAGUGCCAGCAAUACAUGCACAGAUGUGGAUGAAUGCAUUGAGACUCCACCAGUAUGUGGUCCAAACUCAGAGUGCAACAACACCAUUGGAGACUACAGUUGUACAUGUCAGAGUGGAUACAAUGUAACCGACCACAGUUUAAGAAGCAGCCCUGACAAUCCAUGCAGAGACAUACAUGAAUGUGUUGAGACACCUAAAAUAUGUGGACCCAAUUCUUACUGUACCAACUACAAUGGAACUUUCAACUGUUCCUGUAUCACUGGAUAUCAAGUGACCGAUGCAAGCCAACCCAUCAGCAACAGCAAUCCAUGCACAGAUGUAGAUGAAUGUCUUGAGACUCCAGCAGUCUGUGGUCCAAACUCAGACUGCAACAACACCAUUGGAGACUACAGUUGUACAUGUCAGAGUGGAUACAAUGUAACCGACCACAGUUUAAGAAGCAGCCCUGACAACCCAUGUAGAGAUGUCGAUGAAUGUUCUGAGGUCCCUGAUGUGUGUGGACCCAACUCCAACUGUGCCAACACCAAUGGAAGCUACAACUGUUCCUGCUUGAAUGGAUAUGACAUCACCAAUGCAGGCCAACCCAUAAGCGACAGCAAUCCAUGCAAAGAUGUGGAUGAAUGCCUCGGGACUCCACCAGUCUGUGGUCCAAACUCAGACUGCAACAACACCAUUGGAGACUACAGUUGUACAUGUCAGAGUGGAUACAAUGUAACCGACCACAGUUUAAGAAGCAGCUCAGACAACCCUUGUACAGAUGUGGAUGAAUGUCUCGAGACUCCAGCAGUCUGUGGUCCAAACUCAGACUGCAACAACACCAUUGGAGACUACAGUUGUACAUGUCAGAGUGGAUACAAUGUAACCGACCACAGUUUAAAAAGCAGCCCUGACAACCCAUGUAGAGAUAUACAUGAAUGUGUUGAGACACCUAAAAUAUGUGGACCCAAUUCUUACUGUACCAACUACAAUGGAACUUUCAACUGUUCCUGUAUCGCUGGAUAUCAAGUGACCGAUUCAAGCCAACCCAUCAGCAACAGCAAUCCAUGCACAGACAUAAAUGAAUGUACAAAGACACCCAGCAUAUGUGGACCCAACUCCAACUGUUCCAACACCAAUGGAGGCUACAGCUGUGUCUGCUUGAUUGGCUUUGAACCGACCAAUGCAAGCCGUACCAUCAGCCAGAGUAACCAGUGCAGAGAUAUGGAUGAAUGUCUUGAGUCUCCAGCAGUCUGUGGUCCAAACUCAGACUGCAGCAACACCAUUGGAGACUACAGUUGUACAUGUCAGAGUGGAUAUAAUGUAACUGACCACAGUUUAAGAAGCAGCCUUGACAACCCAUGUAGAGACAUAAAUGAAUGUACAAAGACACCCAGCAUAUGUGGACCCAACUCCAACUGUUCCAACACCAAUGGAGGCUACAGCUGUGUCUGCUUGAUUGGCUUUGAACCGACCAAUGCAAGCCAAACCAUCAGCCAGAGCAAUCAGUGCAGAGAUGUGGAUGAAUGUCUCGAGACUCCAGCAGUCUGUGGUCCAAACUCAGACUGCAGCAACACCAUUGGAGACUACAGUUGUACAUGUCAGAGUGGAUACAAUGUAACCGACCACAGUUUAAGAAGCAGCCCUGACAACCCAUGUAGAGACAUACAUGAAUGUAUUGAGACACCCAAAAUAUGUGGACCCAAUUCACACUGUUUCAACUACAAUGGAACUUACAACUGUUCCUGUAUCACUGGAUAUCAAGUGACCGAUUCAAGCCAACCCAUCAGCAACAGCAAUCCAUGCACAGACAUAAAUGAAUGUACAAAGACACCCAGCAUAUGUGGACCCAACUCCAACUGUUCCAACACCAAUGGAGGCUACAGCUGUGUCUGCUUGAUUGGCUUUGAACCGACCAAUGCAAGCCAAACCAUCAGCCAGAGCAAUCAGUGCAGAGAUAUGGAUGAAUGUCUUGAGUCUCCAGCAGUCUGUGGUCCAAACUCAGACUGCAGCAACACCAUUGGAGACUACAGUUGUACAUGUCAGAGUGGAUAUAAUGUAACUGACCACAGUUUAAGAAGCAACCCUGACAACCCAUGUAGAGACAUACAUGAAUGUAUUGAGACACCCAAAAUAUGUGGACCCAAUUCACACUGUUUCAACUACAAUGGAACUUACAACUGUUCCUGUAUCACUGGAUAUCAAGUGACCGAUUCAAGCCAACCCAUCAGCAACAGCAAUCCAUGCACAGACAUAAAUGAAUGUACAAAGACACCCAGCAUAUGUGGACCCAACUCCAACUGUUCCAACACCAAUGGAGGCUACAGCUGUGUCUGCUUGAUUGGCUUUGAACCGACCAAUGCAAGCCAAACCAUCAGCCAGAGCAAUCAGUGCAGAGAUGUGAAUGAAUGUCUUGAGACUCCAGCAGUCUGUGGUCCAAACUCAGACUGCAGCAACACCAUUGGAGACUACAGUUGUACAUGUCAGAGUGGAUACAAUGUAACCGACCACAGUUUAAGAAGCGGCCCUGACAACCCAUGUAGAGAUAUACAUGAAUGUGUUGAAACACCUAAAAUAUGUGGACCCAAUUCUUACUGUACCAACUACAACGGAACUUACAACUGUUCCUGUUACACUGGAUAUCAAGUGACCGAUUCAAUCCAACCCAUCAGCAACAGCAAUCCAUGCACAGACAUAAAUGAAUGUACAAAGACACCCAGUAUAUGUGGACCCAACUCCAACUGUUCCAACACCAAUGGAGGCUACAGCUGUGUCUGCUUGAUUGGCUUCGAACCGACCAAUGCAAGCCAAACCAUCAGCCAGAGCAAUCAGUGCAGAGAUGUGGAUGAAUGUCUUGAGACUCCAGCAGUCUGUGGUCCAAACUCAGACUGCAGCAACACCAUUGGAGACUACAGUUGUACAUGUCAGAGCGGAUACAAUGUAACUGACCACAGUUUAAGAAGCAGCCCUGACAACCCAUGUAGAGAUAUACAUGAAUGUGUUGAAACACCUAAAAUAUGUGGACCCAAUUCUUACUGUACCAACUACAACGGAACUUACAACUGUUCCUGUUACACUGGAUAUCAAGUGACCGAUUCAAUCCAACCCAUCAGCAACAGCAAUCCAUGCACAGACAUAAAUGAAUGUACAAAGACACCCAGUAUAUGUGGACCCAACUCCAACUGUUCCAACACCAAUGGAGGCUACAGCUGUGUCUGCUUGAUUGGCUUCGAACCGACCAAUGCAAGCCGUACCAUCAGCCAGAGUAACCAGUGCAGAGAUGUGGAUGAAUGUCUUGAGACUCCAGCAGUCUGUGGUCCAAACUCAGACUGCAGCAACACCAUUGGAGACUACAGUUGUACAUGUCAGAGCGGAUACAAUGUAACCGACCACAGUUUAAGAAGCAGCCCUGACAACCCAUGUAGAGACAUACAUGAAUGUAUUGAAACACCCAAAAUAUGUGGACCCAAUUCAUAUUGUACCAACUACAAUGGAACUUACAACUGUUCCUGUGUCACUGGAUAUCAAGUGACCGAUUCAAGCCAACCCAUCAGCAACAGUAAUCCAUGCACAGACAUAAAUGAAUGUACAAAGACACCCAGCAUAUGUGGACCCAACUCCAACUGUUCCAACACCAAUGGAGGCUACAGCUGUGUCUGCUUGAUUGGCUUUGAACCGACCAAUGCAAGCCAAACCAUCAGCCAGAGCAAUCAGUGCAGAGAUGUGGAUGAAUGUCUUGAGACUCCAGCAGUCUGUGGUCCAAACUCAGACUGCAGCAACACCAUUGGAGACUACAGUUGUACAUGUCAGAGUGGAUACAAUGUAACCGACCACAGUUUAAGAAGCAGCCCUGACAACCCGUGUAGAGACAUACACGAAUGUAUUGAGACACCCAAAAUAUGUGGACCCAAUUCACACUGUUUCAACUACAAUGGAACUUACAACUGUUCCUGUAUCCCUGGAUAUCAAGUGACUGAUUCAAGCCAACCCAUAAGCAACAGUAAUCCAUGCACAGAUAUAAAUGAAUGUACCGAGACACCCAAUAUAUGUGGACCCAACUCCAACUGUGCCAACACCAAUGGAAACUACAGCUGUUCCUGCUUCAUUGGAUACCAAGUCACACAUGCAGAUCAGGCCAUAAGCAAAACCAAUCCAUGCACAGACAUAAAUGAAUGUACAGAGACACCCAGCAUAUGUGGUCCCAACUCUGCCUGUGCCAACACCAAUGGAAGCUACAGCUGUUCCUGUGUCACUGGGUACCAAGUGACCAAUGGAAACCAAAGCAUCAGCCAAAGUAAUCCAUGUAGAGACAUACAUGAGUGUAUUGAGACACCUAAAAUAUGUGGACCCAACUCACACUGCACCAACUACAAUGGAACUUACAACUGUUCCUGUAUCAUUGGGUAUCAAGUGACUGAUUCAAGCCAACCCAUAAGCAACAGUAAUCCAUGCACAGAUAUAAAUGAAUGCACAGAGGUACCCAACAUAUGUGGACCCAACUCCAACUGUGCCAACACCAAUGGAAGCUACAGCUGUUCCUGCUUGAAUGGAUACCAAGUGACCAGUGUGGAUCAAACCAUAAGCAACACCAAUCCAUGCAGAGACAUAAAUGAAUGUACAGAGACACCCAGCAUAUGUGGUCCCAACUCUGCCUGUGCCAACACCAAUGGAAGCUACAGCUGUUCCUGUGUCACUGGGUACCAAGUGUCCAAUGGAAGCCAAAGCAUCAGCCAAAGUAAUCCAUGUAGAGACAUACAUGAAUGUAUUGAGACACCUAAAAUAUGUGGACCCAACUCACAUUGCACCAACUACAAUGGAACUUUCAGCUGUUCCUGUAUCCCUGGAUAUCAAGUGACCGAUUCAAGCCAACCCAUAAGCAACAGCAAUCCAUGCACAGAUAUAAAUGAAUGCACAGAGAUACCCAACAUAUGUGGACCCAACUCCAACUGUGCCAACACCAAUGGAAGCUACAGCUGUUCCUGCUUGAAUGGAUACCAAGUGACCAACGCAGGCCAACCCAUAAGCAACAGCAAUCCAUGCAGAGAUAUAAACGAAUGUACAGAGACACCCAGCAUAUGUGGUCCCAACUCUGCCUGUGCCAACACCAAUGGAAGCUACAGCUGUUCCUGUGUCACUGGGUACCAAGUGUCCAAUGGAAGCCAAAGCAUCAGCCAAAGUAAUCCAUGUAGAGACAUACAUGAAUGUAUUGAAACACCUAAAAUAUGUGGACCCAACUCGCACUGCACCAACUACAAUGGAACUUUCAGCUGUUCCUGUCUCACUGGAUAUCAAGUGACUGAUUCAAGCCAGCCCAUAAGCAACAGUAAUCCAUGCACAGAUGUAAACGAAUGUACAGAGACACCCAGCAUAUGUGGACCCAACUCUGCCUGUGCCAACACCAAUGGAAGCUACAGCUGUUCCUGUGUCACUGGGUACCAAGUGACCAAUGCAGGCCAACCCAUAAGCAACAGCAAUCCAUGCACAGAUAUAAAUGAAUGUACAGAGACACCCAACAUGUGUGGACCUAACUCAAACUGUGCCAACACCAAUGGAGGCUACAGCUGUUCCUGCUUCAGUGGGUAUCAAGUGACCAAUGCAGGCCAACCUAUAAGCAACAGCAAUCCAUGCAGAGAUAUAAAUGAAUGCACAGCGGUAUCCAGCCUAUGUGGACCCAACUCCAACUGUGCCAACACCAAUGGAAGCUACAGCUGUUCCUGCUUGAAUGGAUACCAAGUGACCAGUGCAAGCCUACCUAUAAAUGCCAGCAAUCCAUGCACAGAUGUGGAUGAAUGCUCUCUGAGUCCAUCAGUCUGUGGUCCACAUGCGGACUGCAGCAACUCUGAUGGAGGCCACAGCUGUGCAUGUAAGGAUGGAUACCAGGCGACCCAAGAUGGACAGCCCAUAAAUAGCAGCAACCCAUGCACAGAUGUGGAUGAAUGCUCUCUGAGUUCACCAGUCUGUGGUCCAAACUCGGUGUGCACCAAUUCUGAUGGAAGCCACAGCUGUGCAUGUAAGGAUGGAUACCAGGCGACCCAGCCCAUAAGUAGCAGCAACCCAUGCACAGACAUUAAUGAAUGUACAGAGACACCCAACAUAUGUGGACCCAACUCAAAAUGUGACAACACCAAUGGAAACUACAGUUGUUCCUGUGUUUCUUCUGGGUACCAAGUGACCAAUGCAGGUCAACCCAUAAGCAACGCCAAUCCAUGCACAGAUCUGAAUGAAUGCUCUCUGAGUCCACCAGUCUGUGGUCCAAACUCGAUGUGCACCAACUCUGAUGGGGGCCACAGCUGUGCAUGUGUGAAGGGAUACCAGGCGACCCCGCCCAUAAGUAGCAGCAACCCAUGCACAGACAUUAAUGAAUGUACAGAGACACCCAACAUAUGUGGACCCAACUCCAACUGUGCCAACACCAAUGGAAGCUACAGCUGUUCCUGCUUGAAUGGAUACCAAGUGACCAAUGCAGGUCAAACCAUAAGCAACAGCAAUCCAUGCACAGAUAUAAAUGAGUGCACAGAGACACCCAACAUAUGUGGACCCAACUCCAAAUGUGCCAACACCAAUGGAGAACACAACUGUGAAUGUGAUGAAGGAUACCAAGUGACCAAUGCAGGCCAAUCCAUAAGCAGCAGCAAUCCAUGCAGAGAUGUGAAUGAAUGCUCUCAGAGUCCAUCAGUCUGUGGUCCAAACUCGGUGUGCACCAACACCCCUGGAGACCACAGAUGUGAAUGUGAGGAUGGAUACCAAGCAACCCAAGACGGCCAGCCCAUAAGUAGCAGCAAUCAGUGCGAACAACGAGAAGGCACAGACAUGAGUUUAACAUUAGAUAUGGAGUUUAAAUUAAGUUUGACUGAUAAACAGAGUGAGGACUUCAAAAAAUAUGCCAGAGAAAUAAAAACAGCAGUGGAAAACACCUACCGUGACAUUCCUGGGUUUCGAUCUGUAGAGGUGGAAGCAUUCAGGCAAGGUAGUGUGGUGGCUGAUGUGGUCAUAACUCAUAAUGAUAUAAACUGGGACGAUGUCCAAAAGAGCAAUGAGGCUCUGACCACUAAUCUCCAAAACCAAGGCUAUCCACCCGCAGAAGACUUUAUUACCGAGAUGUCACGAAAGACACUCAGUACAGGCAAUCAUUACUCAGGAGAUACAACCAUGGUGCUACAAUGUCCUGCUCCACCAACUGACUCGACUACCACACCUCAGUGGAAGUUCAAAGGAAAAGCACUUGGAAACUCUGAUAAAUACAACAUAUUGACAUCGAGCAGGACUAUCGAAGUAAAAAAUGUUGUCCUUGGUGACAAAGGACGGUAUGAGUGCAAAUAUGAGAGAACCUCUGCACCAACUCUAAUUUACUGGGAAAGUGUCAAUGUUAAGGGUGCGCCUGACAUCUUCACAAAUUUCAUGACAAAAACUGUAACGUGUGGAACCCGUGUUUCUGUGGAGUGUUGUGUGAAGCAGGGAUUCACAGUCACGUUAGAUGACACAGCGAGCGUCAAUGACGGUGCCAGGAGUUGUGCCAGGAUUGAACAUACAACCGAAAAUUGUGACGUUGAACUAAAUGUGAAAAUAUUCAGAUGUAAACUGGCGGUGCCAAACAGGGAAAAAGCUAUGAGAUUGACUGCUCAACCUGAAACUCCAGACACGUCUUGUGAAGACGACGAAUUGGGAGUUGGAGAAGAGAAUCAAGAAAGGACCGUUGGCUGUGAAACGGGCAAAACUGGGGACCAAAUAUACAGAUGCACCAAUGAAAACUGGGAACGAAUCGAAGAUAACUGUGUGUUAGAAGAAAUAAAAGGCUUGGAAGAAAACUCAACGAAUUUGAGUGGAGAACAAGUUCCAGAGUUCGUGGGCAACCUCAGUUCAGCCACACAGGACAACAGCCAAGAAAUUGUCACCUCCCAAGCAACCCUUACAUCGAUCGUGACCAUACUUGAGAAUGUGGCAGACGCUUCCCUUCAAGUGGAAGUCAACCAGCAAGUGAUGGAGAGUGUCCUGGAUACUGUCAAUGUCAUCAUUGGUACCAAUGCCACUGCGACAUGGAGCAACAUAACUAACGACGAGAAUGAAACGCGUCGAAAUGUUAGCUCCAAUCUGCUGCGGUCCAUGGAAGCCAUGUCGGCUAGACUCUCGACCCAAGAGACAUUUGAAAUCAUCCGACCCACCCUCAGUUUGAAGAAAUCUCUACUGACGUCAGCAAAUACCAUGAUCACAGCAAACACGUCUGAAAUUGACCUCCCACAGAUAUCGGACAACACCUCGGUCACGGUCAUUGCAUUUUACACCCUAAAUACUAUUUUGCGAAACAGGACAGAAGAGAACAAUGACACAAUCAUAAAUGGCAAUGUUGUUCUGGUCAACACGAGUGAAACCAUUGAUAACAUCUCCCUGAGCUUUGAUCAGCUGAACACUUCUGAGUCGUUCACCCCACUGUGUGUCUUUUGGAACUUUGAGCUUUUCAACAAUACUGGUGGAUGGGACACUUUUGGAUGUGAGGUAAAAUUGGAUGGAAAUUCCACCGUCACAUGCGAGUGCAAUCAUACCACUUCCUUUUCCAUCCUGAUGGCGCCAUAUCUUCCGGAAAAACUCAAGAACGUCCUAUCAAUAAUAACUUACAUCGGUGUGGGAGUAUCCCUGGCCAGCCUGGUCAUUUGCCUGAUCAUCGAGGCCAUUGUUUGGCGUGUCACAACGGGGAACAACACGGCCUACAUGCGUCACGUCUGCAUUGUCAACAUUGCUCUGUGCCUCCUGAUUGCCGACAUCUGGUUCAUCGUGGCGGCUGCCACCACGUAUGAAAACAGCAGCCCGGACGUCGGCUCCUGCACCGCCGCCACGUUCUUCGCCCACUUCUUCUACCUGGCCAUGUUCUUCUGGAUGCUGCUGUCCGCCCUGCUGCUGCUGUAUCGCAUCAUCUGGGUCUUCUCGCACAUCCCCAAGUGGAUCAUGAUGCUGGUGGCCUUCGUCGUCGGCUACGGCUUCCCUCUCAUCAUAGCGGUGGUCACCGUGGCGGCCUUAGCUGGGCACGGCGGCUACAUCUCGGAGCAGUCGUGCUGGCUGAACUGGAACAAGAGCAAGGCCAUGCUGGCCUUCGUGAUCCCUGCGCUCUUCAUUGUGGCCGUCAACUUCUGCAUCAUGAUCGUGGUGCUGAUCAAGAUGCGGAGGAGAGGGGUGGGAGACACUCAGCAGAACGAUGAGAGGCACAACUUGAAAGUGAUUGCGAAAUGUGUGAUCUUUUUGACCCCUCUAUUUGGCCUCACCUGGGGAUUUGGCAUUGGCCUCCUCAUCGCUCCAGAAGUUUUCGGACUCCAUGUGGUGUUCGCAUUAUUGAACUCAUUUCAGGGCCUCUUCGUUUUAGUGUUUUGCACACUCUUGGACAAGAAGGUUCGGGCUGCUUUGGCAAGAAAGCCAGUGUUCCCGAGCUCAGGAUCUGGAACAGGACAAACAAGAAGUACAAGUGGUGGAGUGUCAUCUUCCAGUGGUUUGAGCAUCUUCAGAAAGAUCAAAUUAAGAAGGCCAUUCCAUAUCGCUGUUUCAUCAGGCCACUCCUCCUCCUCCGAUUCCUCUGUCAACACCUGAGACUCAAGUUUCACAAAAUAUGAAGAGAAAGAAAGAAACAUGAAAUCAUGGCACGCUUAACCCCGACAGAAAUGUAAUGUGAAACUUUUUUUUUUUUUUAAUGCGAUUUAAGAAGUGUUUUUGUUAUGGUCACAAGAGAUAUUCUCUUUGAAGUCAUUUUGUCUUUCAGUACAGUGCACAUUGCCAAGAAAAACAUUAAUUCAAAUAAUGAUUCCGUUGGGGUCACGGUAUAUUUAAUCUUACAGUAUGUUUUCAAAUGGAAAAUGAAAAUGAACCAUUUAUGUUCUUCCUUGGCUAAUGUAAUUCUGCAUCAUUUACGUUAUGAUUUUGUUAUGGAUGUUGUUUGUGUUGUUGUUCUUGUAUUAAUUUUGCACUUAAAGCUUAGGGAGGAUCCAAAGAAGAGUUAUGGCAUUAUGGAAUUAUGAAGUUAUGGCAAAUGUGUCAAAGACAGAUGUGCAAUAACGAACGUCUGAAUGUAGUUAUAUGGCAUGACCAUAUCUCUAAAUAUUGUUAUUGUGAAUUGUCUAA